GUCAUCAUGGUCACCGAAGCUGCUUUCUCCCAGUCCUUGUGCUCGGCUCUCUUGUCCAUUGCUGGCAUCCAGGAGCUGGCCAGUCAUUUCGCUGUGCGUCAGAGGGGAGCUGGCUCUUCCACGGACAAGAGGGUGCCAACGUACUUCGCCAAAGGCAAGCGCCUCGUGGAUUCCAAGCGCAAGAGCAUCAAGAAGGCCUGCAGUCCAGAGGAGUGCGACCACCCAGAGGAGAUGUCUCUCCUGGAGGGCAACCGCAAGGGCUACGACGAGGUCUGCUUGAAGCGCGGAGCGCGUUGGGAGAGGAUCCCGCACUGCGGCGAGGCGCCGGGCGGGAAGAAGGUCAAAUCGGAAAAGAACGCCGAGCCGGUGACAGCGGCAGUGGCGCAGAAGCCUACAGUGCCAGCAUGCCCAGUUCACGCAGCCCCGAUGGAGAAGGUCUGGGAUCGUUACGAGAAGAAGUACUGCUAUCUCUGUGCGAUACGAGGUGUAUACCAUCUCGUCGAGCGACGAGGAGAUGUGAUCGGGUGUCUCGUCUACUUCGGGCGCCUUGACGACGGCAGCAAGACGGAUAUCGUGAUCACCGUGGCGCCGGCCAACUCGGACGGCUUCGCGAACGGCGACCUCUUCGGCGACCACCUCGGCGCCGGGUACAUGAACGGGAGUUCGGGCCAGCUCGACUACAUCGCAGAGAAGCGCGAGUCCGACACUACGGACCGCGUCGACAUCUUCAAGGUCAACACUGGCGCGAUCACCAGCGUACUGUUCGAUGACGAGGAGCAGGGGGUUGUCUCUAAAGGCCUUCGACGAGAACUCCGUCGUAGCCUAGCGAAGCUCUCCAAGAAGGGUGCCGACGUCACCGAGGUCUACAGCAAGCCGAGAGUCACCCAGUAUUGUCGACAUCACGGUCUUCAACCUGGGAGCGCGCUUGACCUCGCAAAUGGCUUCGACUUCGCGAAGGAGGCGGAUCGCAACUGGGCGAGGGGCGCCAUCGAGAAAGAAAAGCCACUUCUUCUCAUCCUCAGCCCGCCGUGCAAGGUCUGGAGCCGCACCCGUGACUUGUCAAACUACAGGCGCGACCAGGACAUUGUGAGCAGCGAAGAGCAUGAAGGACUCCAACAUCUUGAGUUCAGUGCCGCGCUAGCCCGUGAACAACACGAACGAGGCGGACUAUUCCUCUUCGAGCAGCCAGUCUACGCCCGCUCGGACCACGACCAGCUUGUCGGCAGCAAGUACACCGGGCUCGCUCAAGAGUACACUCCACAGUUCUGCCGCGCCAUCCUCAGAGGUCUUGUCAAGCAUCUCAAGGGCGCCGGCAUCAUCAAGCAUACCGAGGACGAGAAGAACUUUGUGGACAUUCAGCCGUGCUUCUACCAGUACUCGAACGUUGUGGAGUACAUCGCCGAGGAGUACAUUCCGCACAUCAUCGACGAUUUCUUUCAGGCGGUUGCAGAGGACCAGAUUCAGAUCGGGGUGUACCCAGCGCUCGAUACGAUCAACGAGGAGACGGCGGAGGGCGAAAGCCUUGGAGCGGUAUUGCGAUCGUUUCGGUUUAACUAUGUCGUUGGAUGCGGUACGUUUACGGUCAAAACAGUAAUGGGUUUGGAGUUCAGUUUCGUGCAUGCCAUCUGCUGGGGGACGAACUACCAGAUCGUGGAGCGCAUCUCCGGGAGCGUCUCAGCACAGGCCACCUGGGAGGCAGUUCAGCGUUCUUGGCAUCGCCAUUACAGGCCGCCUCACAUUCUUGUCGUGGACCAGGGCACGGAAUUCAAGGCAGAGUUCCAGGACCGGGCUCGAGAAUACGCCACCCUCGUUCACACCAUCAAUCUGAGGUCACCGUGGGGGAAUGGCAGGACUGAGAGACCCGGAGGCUGGUGGAAGAGUAUCUUCCAGAAGUCCGAGACCAUCGAGCCGUGCAACAACAUCAGCGAGAUCGACAUGCUUGCCAAUUUUGUGACACAGGCCAAGAACAGGUUCACCAACCGAAGUGGAUUCAGUCCAGCUCAACGAGUAUUUAGCGAAGACCUACGACUACCAGGUUGUUUGCUUAGCGACGACGUCAUUAGCCCCGAGAUGCUCCACACUACACCUUCCAUGGAGUACCAGAGGGCCCAGGCUAUGAGGCAAGCAGCUAUGCAAUCAGCCGUCAGCCUCAGCGACCAGCAGACCAUGCAGAAAGCACUCAAGAGCCGUAUGCGUAAGGAGCAGGAGCCGUUGAAGGAUGGUGAGGCGGUGUUUAUCUGGGAGCGAGUUGCAGUUCGACAGCCCGACGGGAGCAUCGAUUACAAAGUGGGAUGGAGCGGACCGGCUACGGUUGUCUCUACCACUCAGAAUGGAUCUACGGUAUUCGCCUGCAUGCGUGGUGUCCUCUUCAAGUGUGCCAGGAUCCAGGUUCGGGCAGCUACUAACGAGGAGAGCAUGGGUGCCGAGAUCGUCAACGAGAUGCUCCACAGUUUCAAAGAGAGGCUCAACCAGGUUCACCAGCAGCGGGGUUUCAGGGACAUCAGCGGAGAUGGAGAGCCGCCGCAGGAGGACGAGGUUUAUGACUUCACGACGGGCACCUACACGAACUUCAAUGACGCCGAGAAGAGCGAUUUCAUUGCUAUGGAUGAGGUGUGGAACUACAGAAGGCUGGAGAGCGGACCGUGGCGACCAGUCACAGGCUUCGACAAUGACAAGCCCGUUGCGUUCAGCAUCGAGGAUUCUUGGGCGUGCCUCAGCUACCGCGGGAACUUCUAUAUCAUGAAGGCCAAGGCCGAGGCGGCAGAGAUCAAGCACAACACCAUCAGCGACGACGACUGGCCGCAGUUCAUCGCGGCGAUUGCGAAGGGGUGGAACUCCGUUGUCGGGAUCAAGGACCCGGACAUCAUGGAGAUCGAGCGGAGUUGCCCUGUACCACAGCUGGUUACUCCUCACAUUGCGAUGCAGGCGCUCCCUGCGAGGGAGUUCGAGGCUAACGUGGGCGACGUUACGACCGCGUUCAUGCAGGGCGAUCCGAGCAAGAGGACUAAGCCGCUGUACGCCGAGCCGCCACCAGGAGGAUACCUUGAAGCACUUGGAGUGCCACCAGGUAGCCUCAUUCGUUUAGAUCGUGAAGUCUACGGACUUGUCAGCGGAAUGGCAGCAUGGAGGAGUACAAUGGUUGAUCGUCUCAGCAAGCUCGACUACCGCAUGAGCAUCUACGAUCCCUGCUUGUUCUGCCUCUUCAAUAACGAGCAGCAUGGCAAGGAUUACGACUACAUCGUGCAUGGCAUUGUGGUUCUUGAAGUUGAUGACACGCUGCCCGGAGGCAACGAGAAGCACAUUGACAAGAUGAACCAGCUCGAGUCCAUGGUCAAAAUCGGUCACUGGCAUAAUCUCUAUCGUGAUGGUCCGAAUUCUUUUGCUGGCCGACGGUUUUCACAGGAGAAGGAUUUCGGCUUCCGUAUUGACAUGGAGCGGUAUAUCAAGGAGAAGUUGAAUCCGAUCGAGCUCGAGCGUGGUAGAUUGUCAGAUUCCAAGGGCCAACCUGCAGAAGGUGAAAAAGGUCAACUUCGUGCAGUUAUUGGUGGUCUUGGAUGGGUUGCGAGGCAGGCGAGGCCAGACGAGGCGUCCACAGCUUCACUACUUCAGAGUUCGUUCUGCAACGCUGUGAUGAAGGACAUCUCCGACGCCAAUUCCGCAGUACGACGACUCAAAGCAGAUCCAGUUCUUGGGCUUCGAAUCAAUCCUAUCAAGCCUACCGAGGCCAGAGUUGCGAGCGUUAGCGACGGCAGCUUCGACACCGACAAGGAGACGGGCGCUUCUCAAGGCGGAUUUCUCGUGGGCAUUACGACGAAGGCGCUGAGCGACAACGCGGAGGCACCGUUCAGCAUCAUGAGCUGGGUCAGCCACAAGAUCAAGUGGGUCGUGGGCAGCACUAUGGCGGCGGAGAGUUUCAGUUUCAGCGACGCGCUGGCGGAGGCGGAAUGGAUCUGGUCUAUAUGGCAGGAGACAAUGUGGAGCGAUUUCGACACGAGUUCGAGGAGAAGGACAUCGAUUCCAGAGCGCGAGGACCCCACGGUUGCAGUUCUCAAGAGCGACAGUACCAUCUCAGUGGAUCCCAGUGUCGUGAGUGUGGUAGAUGCGAAAUCGUUGUUCGACAACCCCGUGAAGGAGAC